GUUGUUGGUGUUUGCGUUGCAUUCUAUGACAAUGAUUUAGAUGUUAUUGAAUUAACAGAUUCAAAUUUUAAUAGUAAAGUUAUUGGUAGUAAUGAUGUUUGGAUUGUUGAAUUCUAUGCUCCAUGGUGUGGUCAUUGUCAGAGUUUUGCACAAGAAUAUAAAAAGGCUGGAAAAAUUUUGAAAGGAUUCGUAAAAGUCGGCGCUGUUGAUGCAACUAAAUACAGUUCACUUAGUCAGCGAUUUAGCAUUCAAGGAUUUCCGACUGUGAAAAUCUUCGGGUCGAAUAAGCAAAAACCUAUUGAUUUCAAUGGAGCCAGAACAGCGCAGGCAUUAUCGGAUGCGUCGAUCAGUGAAAUUAGGAAAGUGAUUAAUUCUAGACUGGGAGUCAAGACCGAUAGCGGUUCUAGUGGUGGUGGUACUGGAGGUGGUGCAAAUAAAGUCAUCGAGUUAACUGACAGCAAUUUUGAUGAUUUGGUACUGAACAGUAAAGAUAUAUGGCUAGUUGAAUUCUUUGCACCAUGGUGUGGACAUUGUAAAAAUUUAGAACCACAUUGGCGACAAGCAGCCGCAGAAUUAGAUGGAAAAGUGAAACUUGGUGCCUUGGAUGCCACAGUGCACAAUGUUAUGGCUAGUCGAUAUGGCAUUAAAGGAUUCCCUACGAUUAAGUAUUUUGCACCAGGAUCCAGUGCAAGCGAUGCUGAAGACUAUAACGGUGGACGAAGUGCAUCAGAUAUUGUUCAAUGGGCGCUAGAAAAAGCGGCUGAAAACCGACCUGCUCCAGAAGUUCUUGAAGGGAUUGCUCAAACUGUUUUUGAUGAUGCUUGCAAGGAAAAACAGCUUUGUAUCAUUGCCGUAUUACCAGAUAUUUUGGAUUGUCAGAGUAAAUGUAGAAAUGAUUAUAUUCAAGUUUUGAAAGAUUUAUCAGAAAAGUUCAAGAAAAAUUUGUGGGGCUGGGUUUGGGUUGAAGCUACAAAACAACCUGAAUUAGAAGAAGCUUUUGGCAUGGGAGGCUUUGGCUACCCUGCAAUGGUCGCUGUUAACUACAGAAAAAUGAAAUUCUCCAUGCUAAAGGGUUCAUUUGGAAAAACGGGUAUUCAUGAAUUUCUUCGUGAUUUGUCAUAUGGCAAAGGACAAACAGCUCCGGUUAAAGGUGCGGAAUUUCCAAAGAUAAGGAAAAUACAACCUUGGGAUGGCAAAGAUGGUGAAAUGCCUGUUAUGGAAGAUAUCGAUUUGUCUGAUGUCGAUCUCGGCGAUCAUAAAACGGAGUUGUGA